UGUUCUGAAAGUAGCGAUCAGCGCUUUUGGCUGCAAAACCCACUAAGCCGCGAAACAUGCAACUGUAAAGGAGUUUAUAGUGUUACAACGCAUAUCUAAAUAACUUCACACGCUGCAUGUGAACUGAAUUUAGAUUAUGUGGACAGGAUUAUACGUGUUUAGACGAAGUCUGUGGCUCCACCCACAGCUGCUCUGCAGUUGCGUAACAUCAGCCUUAGAUGUCGAAAUCCCGCUACACCAUAAGCGCAUAGCAGGCGCUGCAAUCCGAACUACAGCAUCUCGUACAGGCUUAGUGUUAGCUUUGGUCGUUGUGGUGAAGUUCUGAAUUCAUUAUGAAGCUCAGCACACCGAUAAACACCGAUCCAAUAAUGUCCCAGUUCGAUGAGCUGCGACCGCUGUUUUAUUACAACCAAGAAGAAGACCUACCGCCAUCGAGUCCCACCUAUGGCGCUUGUUUGAGCGAAGAAAUCUGGAAAAAGUUCGAGCUGCUGCCAACUCCACCACGAUCCCCCGAACACUUUGGCUCGUUGGACUCUGACCUCGAUCCCGAAUCUCUGGUGCCGGACACUGACUCUUAUUUUGCCGACAACACGCUCUCAAUGGUCAAGGAGAGCCUCGGCGAGAUACCGACCGAACAAGUAUUGCCGAGUGUCGAUUUAACCUCGAACUUUUCAAACAAGCCGGAGGCCCAGUCCAAUGAGAUUGAUGCCAGUUAUAAGCUCAUUAAGGACUGUAUGUGGAAUGGAAUCGGCCACAAGCCCCACUCCGAGGUUUCGAGGGUCGGACGCCCGCGCAACGUCUCCCCGGGAUCCCAGCGCUUCAACGCGGCGAAUGGAUGUGUCAACCCCCUAGCUGUAUUCACGGUCAAUUCAGCCACCGAGAAGAGACGAUUAAGUCCAACAUCAAACAUCAGUGCCAAGAGGCGAGCCGAACCAUUAGAAACAACCAGCGAUUCAGACGAGGAAAUAGACGUGGUUACCGUGGACAAGGCGAAUCACACCACCACCACGCUCGGCGUCGUUUCGCAAGGCCGCAAAUAUGUUGGCACGCUCGUGGCGAGGCAGAACGGCAAGCACAGGCAACUUGAACUAGUCACGACCGGCGUAAACCGGUUGCAGGAUCGCACACCAAUCAACGACGACCAGAUACGCGGAAGGACCAAGGCAAAACUUCAAAUCGGUCAGCAAGUUACUAGCAACGGGCAAAAGAAGACGGUAAUGAUCGUAAAAAACAGGAACGUAGUUUCCCUUACCAACAAAACCGGUACCCAGCAGCAGGUCAACGUUCAGUUAAAACGUCUCCCAGUGGUUAAUUCGACAACUGUUGCUGCAAGCGCAACUGCAACAAAACGCAGGUACAGCAGUCCGGGCGAGAAAACCAGCAAUGGCGUUCACCAAAUAAUGCGCAUGGCAACUCCGUCCGCUUUAAUGGGGAUCAACGAGAAUGGCAAAGAAAACGCUAACGUUACAGAUGUGGCGGCACCUGUUGGGCCCAAACGACGCUUUCUGUCCCUUGACGGUGUCUCGAUGGUAUCAAACACCGGCGUGAUGAGGCAUCGCAGUGAGCUCGCCAACAAAUUGAACGCAUUCGCCAAUUCCACCAACCCCAGCCUAGCCAACGACAUACCAGAGCUAAAGUCGCUCAAAACUGUACAGCCCAUCAAGACAGAGCGAAUCUACGCUCCAGUACCAAUUACUGAGAAGAAGAAAUAUGCCAAGAAGACAAAGGCGAAGAUCGUGCAGACCUUCGACUCUCCAGCCAGCAGUCCCGCUAGCUCAAACGGCGAUGCCCCGACUUCGCCCCAAAAAACAAGGACAGCAAGCAGUGAGACCACCAGCAGCAGCUCUGGGUCGGACGAAGAGCUCAUAAGAGUCGCCCACAAUGUCCUUGAACGUCAGAGACGUGAAGGUCUUCGUACAUCGUUCCACACGCUACGUAAAUGCGUCCCGGAGCUCGCCGAACAGGAGCGCACCCCGAAAGUUACAAUUCUAAAGAAAGCCCGUGACUACAGCUUCCAGCUUCAACAGGAGCACGCACAGCUUCAGAGCGAAAAGGCGCGUCUUCAGCAGCGUCAACUUGCGCUCCAACAGCGCCUGCGUUCUCUCGCAUCCGAGAUUUCCUCCGUGAAGACGAUCUCGAUCCCCGCCACAGUCAAAUGCGAGCGCGUGGUCGGCGUACCUGAAGUAGCGACUGUCACAUACGUCGUGCAAGACGUUACCGCCACCAACACCCAGGAAGAUAUGGAAGAUGACAGAACUUCUGUUUUUUACCAAAACAACGACUGCUACUCCGACUAUGAGGCAGAAAUCAGCGGCGAAGAAGCCUAUAUUGCGGAGGACCAUCUAAAAGAAACCUUUACGAACGUUUACUCAUUCUAAACCCCUGACUUCUUACACGUUAAGACCUACAAACUUACAAUUCCACUUUUCGCCGGAUAGACAUAGCGUUUUUUUUUCUUUUUAUUUUUUCAGAUUAUUUUACCAUCGGGCACUUUUCGUUCUAUCUACCGUUCGUUGUUUUUUCGUUAAAAUUAUCUUUUAUUAUUUCUGACUUGUCCGCGCGGCAACGACCGCAGCCUUUUAAGUUGUUUUAUGAAUUUUAAUUAUGAUUUCCUUCUGUUUUUUCGUUACCACCACGAAUCGAGUCAACCAGUAGUUGUGUUCCACGGACCGAAUUCGUUUUUUUUCGUUACUUUUUAUACCCACAUUCCACCCCAAAACAACCCCAGACCCGUAAAGUGUAAAUACUUCCCCGAAAUUGUAAUUUAACUUCAAAACAGCCGAUAAUGUCCGACCACUGCCAAACACCACAAAUCAUCGCUUUUCGUUUUUUCGUUGUUUGACCGCCCACGUUUUUGCCUUACUUCGCCAAUUGUAUGCAUUUGUAUAAAGCUGUAGCGUAGCAUCGUGAACAGUUUGACGUAGCGUUCACGCUAAGGGCCUACUACCAUAGAGCACUACGCUUUCCCCACUGCCAGUGUAACAUAGACUUCUAUUUUUCCUUUUCCAGUUGCUGCUAAACCAUAAAAACUUUUCAAACCAAGCGAACCGCUAACAAAAAAUUCAAAAUAUAAACAAAAACACAUAAAAACAUUUUCUAAUAUCCCAGUGCCAUGUCUGGUAAUCGUAAAUCAUAUCAGUAUUCUGUUGUCGCUCACUGUUAAACACGCAGCUUUCGCCCGUUCGUAUGUUACCAACAACCCAUGUCGUGCCUUAACCAAACCUACUUAUUCCCUAGCGGCGACUUGAGCCCACUUUCUUGGUAAAAUUCACCCAUUUUUUACACUAACCCCGAGGCCAUAUAACGCGAUCGUUGUCAGACGUAUCUACAUUAACCCGAAGUGUUGAACCCGCGGUUGAGAAAAACGCGCGGGCCGUGUUCGUUGAAUUAUAUAGGCGACAGUGCCGCCUCGAUCCCGCUUUCGCCUCACUGUCGUCUUCCCGAACCUCGGCCAUCGUGUUUCUUACCUCGACUCAUAUUACUGUGGUCUGUGAUUCCGAGCAACGCCGUUGCUGAAAAGCGCUUCGCGAGUUUAACCCCCAGCGGGUCGUUCUCGCCCGUUUCCCGGUACUUUACGUCGUAUAGAUAGCAAAAAAACGUCGCCACCCGCGAGUCGGAGUUCGCCCGACCCCGCUUUUUUUCUGUUUGAUUUUCAGUUUUAAUACCUUUACGUUCGAAGGAGUCUAUUUCCAAUACUUCCUGCUGCUAAAUAACUUGUGUAGAAAGAAGGGUAGACCGGAGCGUAUGUCGUCACCACAACGACGCGCGUCUCCGUUCAGGUACUCGCUACUAUGCUUACUUGUUUUUUUUUUGUGAAUAUACCCUUUGUAAUUUCCCCCUUGUAUUUUACGCGCGUAACUGUGUGUGUGUACAGAUAUCCCUAUUUAAUAGCAAAUUGCGUGUGCUGUGUGUUGAGUGCAUGCCCGCGUAACGGGGCGUCUUCGAAUCCUUCGUUAAACGCGUUUAUUUUAGCUGCUUCGUUUAGUUUGCGUUACUUGCAAAAAACUCCCUUUCGGUCGCGUACAAUCAUUCUAACACUGCGUGCUAUAACCCUAAAAAUCACCAAAACUGACCUUCUAAUUUGGCUGUAUAGUUAAACAAGCGCCUCCUAAUAUGUUCGCCUUUUUUUGUCCCAUGCAUGAGAACUCCAAAUUUUCCUUUUAACUCACACCCCACCGUAUGUUAUGCGUGCACGGGCUGCUUAUUCUCCUAAUUCUUUUUCGGUUCUUCAUUUAGUAUAUACAAAGCUAUAUGUCUCCUUUUGACCAUUCGUUUCAGCUUGUCAAUAAACGCGGGAGAAGGGAA